AUGCGCUUAACUUGUGGGAGGCGGCGAAAUGUUCUACUCGCUUUGACUUUACUAGUAGCAUGCACCAGUACCGCGGCCACGACUACUACUGAAACUUCAGUUGCCCCGAUCACCCAGGAAUCCAAUGUUGCGCAGGAGGAUGUAGGGACAGCGCCUAAGGAAGGCACCCCACUAGAGCCUGAUAGAAAGCUACUUGAAGCCCAAAAGUCACUGGCAGAUGCACUCUCAAUUAUAAAAGCUCUAGAUGCCCUCCCUCCAAACACUGCAUCACCUCUUGAUGCAACACUACCCACAUGGAUAUCAUCACUCUUCCCAAAUCCCUCAGGACCAGUUGCAUCUGCUCUCCGGAUUGUAACCAAGCUUCGAUCUCAGCAGUGGCUGCCUAGUUUUCUGAGUUCUCGAGCUUCCCGAGAUGAGGCACGUGUGAGACAGCGCGUGUCUCGGUUGGAAGCUUUACUUCAACGGUCGAUUGAGCUAGGCAAUACAGAUGCCAUUUAUACCUUGGCGCAUAUCUCUGUGUAUCCUCCUGUUGGGAUGGCUGUUGACGCUGGACGGGCGUACGAUCUAUACUCUCGGCAUGCAGACCUCACGGGGAACGGGACUAGUCAGGGAAUGUUAGGAUUCUUUUAUGCAUCCGGCUAUGGCGGUAUCGUCCCUGUUGACCAGGCGAAGGCAUCAUUAUAUUACACCUUUGGUGCCGCCGGUGGAGAUCCUUCCUCGCAAAUGGCUAUGGGGUAUAGAUAUUGGGCCGGAAUUGGAGUACGAGAAGAUUGUAUGGCUGCACUCGAAUGGUAUGAACGUGCAUCACACCAAGCUAUGUCACACUUUCUCUCUGGGCCUCCGGGUGGCCGAACACUCCCGUUGAAACCAACAAAACUCUCAGACCUCUCGGGAGGUCUAUACGGGCAUGGCGCAAGUGUGGCAUCAACAGGAUACAAUUCUCUUCGAGCACCUAUUACAGCGGCGAACGCUCGAGCAGCAGGAGAAACAUGGGAUGACGUCCUAGAAUAUUAUACCUACCACGCGGACCGACAAGAACCAGACUUUGCCCUCAAACUAGCCAAGAUCUACUAUCACGGUUCAAUUUACGCGGGAGAAGCCGUCGGAAAAGUUCAAAGGGAUUAUUGGAGGGCUGCUAAAUAUUUCAGAUCCGUGGCCCGGAAGGUCUGGCUUCGUGAUAAUUUGGCGACACCCUUACUCGGACGAAAAGAAUUGACCAAGGAUGAACAGAGUGUCCUGGCCCAUGCCACCAUUGCAUGCACAUAUCUUGGGAAAAUGUAUCUUCGUGGCGAAGGGUUUAGACCUGAUGCCCGGGUUGCCCGAAUGUGGUUCAUGCGAGGCGCAGAGUUUGGGGAGAAGGAUUCUCAGAACGGGUUAGGAAUUAUAUAUCGAGAUGGUCUCAUCGACGGAAAACCAGAUUACAAGCAGGCAGCUCAUUACUUUGCUGCUGCAGCUGGACAGGAUCAUUCAGAAGCCCAAGUGAAUUAUGGGAAAAUCUUGUAUCAACGAAAAGAAUACGCGAAUGCCCUCCCGUUUUUCGAGACUGCCAUUCGCCAUGCAGCGCCAUUCGAAGCCUACUACUACUUGGCAGAUUAUAAUACUCAACGUGCGCGUACUGGUGAACCAUCGGCCUGUUCUAUGGCAGUCGCUUUCCACAAGCAUAUCGCUGAAAGAGGAACAUGGGCUCUCAACGAGGGUGGUUUGGUCCUUCCGGGCGAUCAGGACAGGGAAACAGCCUCUACCGCUCCGCCUGGGAGUACAGAUGGGAGCACGAGCAGUGCUUGGCGAGAGCUCAAGGAGGACGGGGAGUUGAAUUUUGGAGGGAUGGGUGUCGGGAUGGCAGGAGUUGGGGAGGAGAGAAUGAUUCGCUGGAGCAUUGAGAGUGAGCGAGGAGAAGAGGUUGCUCAGAACAAUCUUGCGUUUGUUCUUGAUCAGGACAAAUCCUCCCUACGUCAGCACCACAAAUCAUCAAACGAUACAUCGACCCGCUUGGCAUUACAGCACUAUACUCGAUCUGCCGCCCAACGGAACGUCGAUGCGCUGGUUAAAGUUGGGGAUUAUCAUUUUUAUGGGCUGGGCACACCCAAAGAUGCUGCCAAGGCUGUGGGGUACUAUAGUGCGGCUGUGGACACUCAGGUCAGCGCGCUUGCGAUGUGGAAUUUGGGGUGGUGCUAUGAAUAUGGCGUUGGUGUGCCCAAGGACUAUCAUCUGGCCAAGCGACACUAUGAUAUGGCACUUGCAACGAAUACCGAGGCUUACUACCCGGCCACAUUUGCUCUCAUUCGACUUUAUUUCAAGAGCAUGUAUUACACCCUAACAGGUGGAACGGACAAGAGCCUCCUGUUACUCGGUGAUGAAGGGCUAGAUGGGGAAGAUACUUGGGAUAUCACUAAACGCCUCACUGGUGGCGGUAGCGGUGGCAAGUCAACGCCAAACUCGAAGGACAAAGAACAGCCACGGGAGAAGACCCCGUAA